UCAAGUCUAAACUAAAUCCUCCGUACCUUAUGCUGUAACUAGAUCACUUCCUCAUUGGAUUUUGGAAAAAAAAGAAGAAGAAAAAGUAAAAAACAAAAUCCCAAACACUCAACGGUUUUGUGACUCUUCUUGCCACACAAAACACAUAAAUUUCAGAAACAGAGAGAGAAAAGAAAAAAAAAAAUGCAAACCCUUUUUAAGGAAAAAUAGAUUUUAGAGAGAGAAGGGUUGUUGGUUGUUCUGUUUUGUUUUUUGAGAGAAAAAAUUGUUAUUUUUGCAGGUGAAAAAAAUGGAGAGUAAAGAGGAAGUUAUUUCUAUUGAGCUUCCAGCACCUGCUUCUUGGAAGAAAAUGUUUUUUCCCAGGAAAGUUAGUUCUCCAAGGAAAACUGAGAUCAUGUUCAUUGCACCAACUGGAGAGGAGAUUAAUAACCGAAAACAGUUGGAGCUGUAUCUAAAAGCACACCCUGGUAAUCCUUCAAUGACGGAGUUUGAUUGGGGUACUGGUGAGACCCCUAGAAGAUCAGCAAGGAUCAGUGAAAAGGCCAAGGCUACUCCAACGCCAGAAAAGGAACCCCCGAAGAAGCGAAACCGCAAAUCAUUGAGUGCAAAGAAAGAAAACAAGGAAACAGAGGCUGUUCCUGAAAAAGCUGAGGGUGAGAAAGAAAGUGAUGUCAAGAUGGAGAAAGCUGGGCAAGAAGAAGCUGGUAAAGACGUUAAGCUAGCUGAAACUGCAGGGGAUGAGAAAAAAGAAGAGGCUGCUGGUGCUGAAGAAACCCCAACCCAAAUGGAAGUUCAAGAGAAACCUGCAGAAGCUAGUUGCGUUGAUGGAACUCAAACUGAAAAAGAAGAGGAAGCCCCUAUUGAAAAGGUGCCACAAACUCAGGCAGAGAAAGUGAAUUGUACAUGUGAGAAACAAUCAGAAAACCCUGAAACUGUGACGUUGGAAGCUGACAGGGGGGUAGAGAAAGAGAAUCCAAAUGGAGCAAUCCCUGUGUGUGAGGGAGAUGCCAAAGAGAAACAAGGUCUACAGGAGGUUGCUGGCAAGUGUAAUGUUCAGGUAGAGGACAAAGGCACGGCAGUCGAUGUGGGGUUGAUUGAAAAUGGUAAGGUUGAACCAAGUGGGCAAACUGAUACCCCACAACUGCCGGGACCCUCUCCAGUAAGCUGCUAAAUGUAACAUCUAAUAUCCUAGCUAUCCUCUGGUACCAUCCUUUUUGUAUUUGCCCGUGUAACCUCUAUGAUUUCAUGGAUGACUGUAACAAUUAUGCUGUUGAUGCUAGAUUUGAUUGUAAGUAGGGAAAGCAGUCAGUAUGUAUCCCUGUAAGAAGUAGGUUUCAAACAUUGCAGCUUUUGUUACUUUGUGCAGAACCUAGAUUGAUGGCACUUGGAACGCAUAACUUAUUGUUAGUGGCUCAUGUUUCAAAUUGGACUCAACAUUUUAUGUGUCAUAGAUUGACUGCAUGGUGUAUGCCUUGACAUUGUUGUUUAGGCAAUAUGCCGAUGUUCGUUUUGCAGAUUUUAUCAUGAUGAUUAUUACGAAGAACGGA